AUGCGUCGCAGAAUUCUUCUUCCCCAGAGCGCGGCUCGACCCCUCAUCUGGGGCAGCAGAUCCCUGUCCGUGACCUCUCGCGCGUCAGUCGCGUCGAUAUCAGCCUCGAAGCAGCGCGUCCAGGACUCCAAUGCGCUCGUGGAGGAGGAGAGAUACCAAUUCUACGACCCAAAGAUCUUCUACCCAGCCCGCAUUGGCGAGAAGCUUGGUGGGAAGUACCGAUUGGUCUCCAAGCUGGGCUGGGGAACUACUUCGACCGUCUGGCUGGCGAGGGAAACGAAGCGAGGCUGGUUCUUUCAGUCACACCAAUACGUCGCAUUGAAGAUUGCCAAUUCGUCCGAAAUUGCACGCCAGAACGCCAAUCAAGAGCUUGAGGUUUCGACACACGUUCUGACGGCAUCAACAUCUCAUCCUGGCCGCCAACUCAUCCGCCCAGUAAUUGAUUCGUUCGAGAUCCAAGGGACCAACAAGGCCAAGCAUCUCUGCUUGGUAUUCGAGGCCCUUCGCCAGCCACUCUCGUCUGUCGGCAGGCAACUAGGCCACAAUGGGCGCCUACCUCCUCGUGUGUUGAGGACAAUCGUGCCUAGCAUUCUCAAAUCUUUGGAUUUUCUGCAUACAGAAUGCCGAACUAUCCAUACAGACUUGAAAAGCGACCACUUCAUGAUCCCAUUCGAGGAUCCGUCAAUUAUAGACGACUAUCUCCAGCAACAAAAGAAGACACCCCCGAUGCUGAAAGAGAGCCAGGGUCGCCCUAUUUACGAGACUCGUCACGAGUUCGGGCGGCUGAAGAGAGGCAUCCAGAUCGCCAAGCUUACAGACUUUGGAUUGGCAGUGUGUGAUCAAAAGCCGGGAAGUCUUCAUUUCCACAAUAUCCAGCCUCUCGAAUACACCGCUCCCGAAGUUUUGUUCAAGGCCGGGUGGACUUACUCGGCCGACAUUUGGAAUCUCGGCCUGGUACUGUGGGAAUUGGUUUCUAAUACCAGUCUUCUGGAUGGUCGCGGGAUUGGACAACCCGAAUUCUCCCACUUUACCCGCUACGCUCAGAUGAUCCGUCUACUUGGGCCACCACCUGCUCAAUUACUGGAUAGAGUCGAUAAAGAGACCUACAAUCGCUUUUACGAUGAAAGAGGCAAGUAUCCCGAAUUGAUUCCGGGGAAGAGCUUCAACUUACACAAACUCACCCCAAUAGUGAAUGAGAGUGAUAAAGCCAAGUUCAUCAGCUUUGUACGCCGAAUGCUAGUCUGGCUACCCGAGGAGAGACCGACAGCUGCAGAACUUCUCAGUGAUCCUUGGCUAGAAGAGGAAGCGGGUAAACCAAUAGAUCCAAUUUUGAAUCUUUGA